AACAAAAAACCAGCAGCCCUAUGUUAUUGAGGGAAACUUUUUGUGCCUGUGUAGUCUCUCAAGAUGUCCCUGCUAAGAAACAAACAAACAAGUAAAACAAACAAACAACAACAACAAAACAAUAGAAACCCUAAAAGAAUUUGUAAUGGUUUUAAUGGAAACUGUAAUGGUACCUGUGGGUCUCUACAUUUUACUGUUUGUUGCCUUCUAUUGGUAUUAUGUUAUGUCUAGUGGAUACCGUUAAGGACCAAUAAAGGUAAUGGUUUUAAUGGUUAUAAUUGCUUUUAAUGGGAACUGUAAUGGUCCCUGUGGUUGUCUACUUUAUUUUCUAUUUGUUGCCUUCUAUUGGUAUUAUGUCAUGUCUAGUGGAUACCAUUAAGGACCAUUAUAGGUAAUGGUUUUAAUGGUUAUAAUUGGUUUUAACGGAAACUGUAAUGGUCCCUGUGGCUCUCCACUUUAUUUUCUAUUUGUUGACUUCUAUUGGCAUUAUGUUAUGUCUAGUGGAUACCAUUAAGGAACAAUAAAGGUAAUGGUUUUAAUGGUUAGCUGAUGGUUUGAAAUGGUAUUUGUAGUGGAAUCCAUUAGAAUGUUUGUGAUGGUUUCUAUUGUUUAAUUUUUUUUUCCCACCAGGGGAUAAAUAUGGACCAAAUGCCCACAUAUUACGAUUUUAUGCCCAAGAUCUCCCAAAAAAUAAAAAAUAUAAAUAAAAUAAAUAAAUCAAUAAACCCACCUCCAUGUCACCUGUGCUCUUCCGUCGACGCGGGAAGUCUUGUUUUUCACUGCGCGUGCGGCUCUCUGCGGCGGCGCCAGUUAUUUUGAAAAGUGAUCCGCGCGCGCCGCGGAGCCGCAGCUGUUCAGGAGCCAUGAGCGGAGGAAGAUGACGGAUUCAUCGGUCGCGGAAGGACACGUUAAAGUCAGAGACGGCAAAAAGUGGAAAGCUCGGUGGGUAGUUCUCCGUAAGCCCUCACCGGUGGCGGACUGCCUGGUGUUGUUGGUGUCUAAGGAGCGCGGUGUGAAGGAGCGGAGCAGUGUGGUUUUGGAGCACAUCUGUGGUCUGGAGGCAGGAGGGAGCAGCGAAGGAGUCGCCUAUGCUCUGACAAUCCUCAGUCUUAAUCAGAUCGUUCAGCUGGGAUUUGAUAGUAAGGAGGCCCUACUGGCCUGGGACCUUCGGCUUCGCUACUAUCUAGGGGAGGUACACAGUUUUAAGGUGACGGUCCUGCCUGGUACUAAGCUGGAAACUGGUCUGGCCACACUUCAUUUGUGCAACAAUCUGCUCGUCAUUGCCAGGGACGUCCCCCCUGUUAUCGGUGGCCAGUGGAACCUUCUGGACCUGCGCAGAUACGGCCCAGUCCCCAAUGGCUUUGUGUUUGAGGGUGGCACUCGUUGUGGUUAUUGGGCUGGUGUGUUCUUCUUAUCCUGUGCUGAAGGGGAGCAGAUCAGUUUUCUGUUUGACUGCAUUGUGCGCGGAAUCUCCCCCUCCAGAACUCCCUUUGGAAUCAAACCACUGCUGCCAGAGCCGAGUGCCAGUGCAGCAUCAGCAGAGGAGCGACUGAACCAAGAGGCUGAAGAGUUGGAGAAGAGGCUCAGCCUGCUUUCUCAUAACGCAGCAUCCACCUCCAGUUUCAGUUCCUCAGUAGCUGGAGAUGACCGCAGCAUAUCCGGGUCCUCCGACUCAGAAACCAGCCACUCGGAUUCCAGUAUCAGCAGCCGAUUGGCCCUGUGGGUGGAGCCGGUUCCCACCACCACAGCUGAGUCCACUAGAACUGCCUCUCAUGGAGAGGAGAAACUGCCAGUUAAUCCAGCCAGUGGGCCCAAACUGCCAUCAAAGCCCACUCUCUCACGGAGACUUCAGGAAAUUGGCCGACAGAGCUCCUCAGACAGCGGCAUUGCCACAGGAAGCCACUCCUCCUAUUCUGGCAGCUUUUCAUCCUACACAGGCAGCCUAGACACAGGGAGCCCCAAAGAGGAGUAUGGUACUCUGCUCAGCCUACCGCCAUUCUCUAGUCCCGAAAAGCAUCGUUGUACCUGUCCAGUCAGCCACACCCAUGAGUACCAAGUGCCUUCAUCACUACGCUACCUGUAUGACACGCCCCGCAGUCUUCUUGAAGAAGCCAGAGAGCAGAAAGGAGCUUCAGCCAAGUGA